UAUACAAGACAAUGUAAAAUGGCCAAAGAACCGUGUUGCCCUCAGAACCACACAUUUUGCAAUACGACGAGGAAGUGCCAACCUCCUAAAGAGCCAUGCUGUCCACAAAAUCACACCUUGUGUAAUUACACAAGACAAUGUCAAUUGGGCAACGAAUCGUGCUGUCCACACAACCUCAUACUCUGCAAUUACACAGGAAAGUGUCAACUGCCCAAGGAACCUUGUUGUCAUCAGAAUCAUGUCUUCUGCAAUUAUACCAGACGAUGUCAAAUGAGCAACGAAUCGUGCUGUCCACACAACCUCAUGCUCUGCAAUUACACAGGAAAGUGUCAACCAUCUAGCGAACACUGCUGUCCACAAAAUCACAUUUUUUGUAAUAGUACCGGAAAAUGUCAGCCAGGAAAUGCUUUCUGCUGCCUUGGAACCGAGUACCAAUGCCUUAAUGAUAAACAAUACAAGGUUGUAGCAGAUUUUCAGACUUUGGGGGAAACGUCCAAGAACAUGUUUUUUAAUACAGAUACCAUUGCAAUAACAUUUGUUGACGUUGUCAAUGGAACUUCUAAAUCCACGGACUAUAGUAUAUAUGGGAAUUUACAAUUCUUCCACAACAACGAAUGGAUUGCAGCACCCUCCGGGAUUUCACCAUCCAAAGCUUUUGUCCUCGGAAAAGAAAACAUGAUCCGUUUCAUUGGUUCAGCCAAUUGGCGUCAUGGUGUUGUCCUUCUAAAUUUCACCAAGAAAACUGGUGCAAUAGGUGAAGUGAUCGAUGCUUCGAGUUCUUCUCGUGGACCUUUAGAUGUCAUUGCUCUCUUCGUCUUUCCCCAUGCGUGGCCUCCAAAUGUUUUUAUCAGCGAACAUGGCUCUCCUUGCGAGAUGAACGAGGAUGAUAGCAGUGAUCCUGGAAUAAUAAUCAAAAGCAAAGUUGCUCUGAAUGGCUCGGAAUACAGUACCGAAUCUAACAUUCCAUCURAAUUGGAGCCUUUCUUGAGCGCGGCCGGUCCACUGACAAUUUACAAGGGAUUGUUAGAUUUUGCAAACUCGUCACGGCCUGCUGUAAGCAUCCGUCCUGGUGAGGACACAGACACAAAGAAAGCCGGACGUCUCGACUUCGAUUCUUUACCAGCUUAUAUCAAUGACUUAUCACGACGUUUUAAGUUUCAACCAAAGCAGGACUAUAAUGGUCGAUUUACUGUAGAGUUUAGCGGUGGAAUGAUGUACACAGUCUCUAAACGUCAACCAGCAAAUUCAUUCCUGCUUCCACUUGAAGUUGGAAGAUUGAUCUAUCCGCUCAUCGUGCUAGACAAACUUGAUGAUAAGGUAGUAGACAAGUAUUUUGACAUCCUAGGAAGUUUAGAACCUGAAAAUAAACCUCCAACUAAAGAAAAUGUCUUGACUGCGGCAGCGAACAUGGAGAGACAAGCUAGUGGAGCUAAUAAGACAAUUGUUACAGCAGCCAAGAAUCUGCUGUCAAAGGCGUUUACUUUGGGUGGAAAGAUUGCUGGAGGAAAGAUG